ACGCUAUUACGGGAAGAGCCAAUUUUGUUAUGCAAAUGAGGAGCCGCCAUUCGGUCGCUGACGAAAGCAUGGCAUAGCCCUUCCAAAACGAGCGUAGAAUGAUAACACAUGUUUGAAUACAUGUAGAACUUUAGUCUGGCGAUCCCAAUCUUGUAAAUGCUAGUCUCCAUCACCAGGCUACUCAACAGUGGAAUCUACACAGAGAGCAUACACUAACAAUGGACCAGCCAGCUAAAAAGAAGCCGAUAAUGGAUGAAUCAGAGACUACGGAUGCUGGUAGUGAGGAGGUAGCUGAGUCUGUGAAACAGAAGAACGUCCAGGAAGUCACUGAUUGCAAUGAUAUCGAUCUAUCGGUCCCAGACAGCGAUCGCUUGGAUGAUGAAGAAGAUCCUCCAAUAAUUGCCAAUAAUGCAACAAAACCAUCGACCAACUCCACCCUGCCCAUCUCACCUCCCCAAGAAAUGCCCACCCUCGAGAAGUCCAACAUCGACAUAGCGCCCUCCACGCCAACCACGUCGCAGCCAAUCUCCGAUGAGUCACAAGAGGUCAAGGAAGAGGUCAAGGAAGAAGACACCCAGCCUCCAGAGGAAGGGGACAAUGGUGACAGCGAGGGGGUCAAGCUUGAAGAUGGAGGCGGGAGUGAGGGAGGAAUGGAUGAGCUGAUUGAAUGGAACGAGGAUGGCAUCGGGAUUCUUCCCGGGAGUGACAUGAAGUUCAAGAUGAAUGAGUUUGGAGUUCUGGAGCUGAUCACAGAUGAGGCCGAUAAUGAAUUCUCCUCUGGCGAGCCCACCCCUAGCCUGACACCGCCCACCCCUGCCAGCGAGGCAGGUAGUGACUUAUCCAAUGACAAGAUGGCCCCCAUGAUGGGCGAAAGCGCCUUCCAGUACCUGGGAGAAGCAGGUGCCAUGGAGGAACCAAGUAGCAAGAUCUGUAUUUGUGAACAGUGCGGCAAACAGGGACCCAUCUCACAGUUCUGCAAGUCUGGUCGAUUCUGCAGCCAGUCAUGUGUGGGCACUUAUGCUAGCAAGCAAGGUUGCAUCCGCAAGGACUCUGAGAAGAAGAAGAGCACCCAUAUGAUGCUGAAGAAGAAAGUCGGACGCAAACCUAAAAGCCCCGGACCAGAGGGCAAGGUGAAGGAGGCCCAUCUUCAUGGGGAUCUGAAGAUGAUCAUCAACAUCAAAGGGAUCGAAAAAUCACCGGUGGGAAAACCAGGUAAGAAGAAAGGAUUCACCUGGGCUGCGUAUCUUCAGCAGGAACGUGCGAUGGCUGCCCCAGCCAAAUUCUUCAAAGAUGCCUUCCCCAUCGGCAAAAACGGCUUUAAAACCGGUAUGAAACUUGAAGGCAUCGACCCUAAGCACCCGUCCCUCUUCUGUGUGCUGACCGUGGCUGAGGUGCGCGGGUACCGCCUCCGGCUUCACUUUGAUGGCUACUCGGAGUGCUACGACUUCUGGACCAAUGCUGACUCUCUGGACAUCCAGCCGGCCGGAUGGUGUGAGAAGACAAACCAUAAACUGCAAUACCCCAAAGGCAGAGGAUUCACUGCUGAUAACUUCAGUUGGAGCUCAUACCUCAAGAUGACAAAGUCUCAAGCAGCCCCUAAGACUCUAUUCAAAAGCUAUGAGAACGAUUGUCUGACUCCUCACGGCUUCCGAAAAGGCAUGAAACUAGAAGCCAUCGAUAAGAAGAACCCAUCGUUGAUCUGCGUUGCCACAGUGGCCAACAUCAUGGAGAGCCGAUUCUUGAUUCAUUUCGAUGCUUGGGAGGACAUGUACGAUUACUGGUGCGAUUCCUCCUCGCCUUACAUCCAUCCCGUCGGAUGGUGUGAAGAGAAUGGGAAUAUCCUGUCUCCUCCAAAUGAUUAUGAAGAUAUCGCUAAUUUUACCUGGGCUGACUACUUAGCCAAAACCAAGGCUGUUGCUGUACCAACUAGAGCGUUUAAACCGAGACAACCAGCAGGUUUCGACACGGGCAUGAAGCUCGAGAUCGUUGACCAACGCAACCCCUCCCUCAUCCGGGUAGCAACGGUCGGCGACGUCACAGGCCACAAGAUCAAGAUCCACUUUGAUGGCUGGAUGGAGGUAUAUGACUUCUGGGUGGAUGACGAUUCCCCUGACAUACACCCUGUCGGAUGGUGUAAUAAGACAGGGUACUCCCUGGUGCCGCCCAUUAAACCCUCACAACUCCUUGAAACCCCAGGGCAAGCAGGCUGCCCUACCUCAGGGUGUAAUGGAAUAGGCCACAUCAAAGGGGCCAAGUAUACUGGGCAUCAUAGUGCAUUUGGCUGUCCGUACUCGCUGUGUAAUAUGGCUAAGGAGUCACCCAUCAUAGACAGACUCUAUGUCGGAUCAAAGUCACUCUCCAAAGACGGCAAGAAAUCACCGAUUGAAUCUCCAGAAAUCAAAAAAUGUCCGACCCCAGGCUGUGAUGGCUCGGGUCAUGUGACCGGUAAAUACACGGGGCACCAUCGGCUGUCGGGCUGUCCGCUCUAUGAGAAGAACCUGAAUCUACAGAAUGGGACCAGUGAUAAAUCAUCCAGUCCGUCCCCUUCACCCAUCCCCAGGGGUCCUGGUCGCCCUCCACUGGCUACGCCACCUAAGAGCCUGGCAUUGGGAAGAGGAAAAAGACAACAUAAAGGCACAGGGCUUCUACUACCUCAAAAGAGGAAAAAGAAAUCACACUCGGAUAAAGAUGAAAAAUCCUCCAAGAACAAUCUCCACCACCAGCUGCAUCAGUCUGUCUUCAUGUCGGCAAUGUCCCCCAACCCAGCUAAGGACCUGCCCCUGUGCUGGGAGCAACACACCAAACUCUUGCCAGGUCUUUCUGACCUCUCCUGUAGCACUGUGGCCAAGUGGUCCACGGAGGAGGUUGCCAAUUUUGUCAAGAAACUACCAGGGUGUGGGGAGCAUGCCUCUAAGUUUGCUGAUGAGCAAAUUGACGGUGAGGCCUUCCUCCUCCUGACGCAAACAGACAUAGUGAAAAUCAUGACGAUCAAACUCGGACCGGCGCUCAAGAUCUAUAAUGCAAUUCUCAUCAUGAAAAGCGCAGAGGAGGUAUGAAAAAUAGAGAGACACACCGACGUUGUUUUAAAAAAACUGAUUGAACUGUUUCAGACCCACUGCUGGCAUUGACUGACGCCGAGUUUUCUUUUUAUAUCGAUGGACAUCAUGGACGGAAUGUGAGUGUGAUUUUAAAAACAAAACUGUCGUUGUCUGUGAGGAGUGCUAGCGUAAUGACAGCAUAAUUUAUUGUGUUUACCACUAGUAGGUUAUACAUCUGAAAUACAUUGAGGUUAAGUUUCAAAUCGGGCAGAAAUGUGCUGCAGGGGAUUAUUAGGGUUGCGCGGUUUGAAACACUGACUGGCGUUCUGGCGUGUGUACAUGGUCAGCGAGAAGUGGUACACAUUCAGAGACAACUGAUUAUAUAGGGUGCGUUCAUUUAGCUUCCCCGGGUCGACCCCGGUGUGUGGCAUGUUCUUUUUCCAGGACG